AUGGCAUUAAAAAUAAAGCUCAAGGCUCCAUCAGACUCAUCAAAUAGUCCACAACCACAACCCCAAACACCAACAACAGAGAAUGGACGUAAAGUACCUAAAAUCAAAAUUAAAGCACCUCAACAACAACAAGACCAAAUAGAACCACAACAAACAAAACCUUCAUCAAUAUCCCUAAAACGACAUUCAGAAUCUACUAAUAAUCACGAAAAACCAAAGAAAUUAAAACUAAGUCUAUCCAAGAAUCAAAAUCAAUCAAAUCCAUCAAAACCCAAGAUAAUACCCAGAGUUAGAGUAAAACCAACAAGAGUACCAGGGGAAGGUUAUGAUUCAGAAGCCCCCGAUUUAGAAGAUGAUCCAUUAAUUGAACAGGGGAUAAUCAUACGUUUUUUAAAUGAUGUCAACCUAGAUUUUGUCCAUAAUGCAAUAGAUUCAGGAGAUUUAACUGGUUUAAAUGUUAAAUGGAUAACUAGAGAAAAAGCAGUUGUUAACGUAAAUGGUAAUUUAUAUUCAGCAAGAUUAAUUGACUUACCUACAUUGACUGAAAUAUAUAAAUCAAUUGAUAAGAAAAACAUUUUCAAGAACUUCGAUGUUUGUCAAAUUUUGUUAAUUUUACAUAUUAUAAAUCCUGCUCAAUUGAAUACCGAAAAAGAUUUUGAAGUGCCUGAAGAAUAUUUGUUCAAUCAUCCAUUUUAUAAUUAUGUGAAAAACAAUGAAAUCAAGAAGAAAAAAUUUGUAUUAAAAGAUGGAUUAUUAAAUCCUUUCAAAGAUGUAUAUAGAAGAUUCAGACCUACAAGAGUUGAUCAUCGAGUUAUAGAAGAUAUUGAAGCAAGUGUGGAUAGUUUAAUUAAGCUAGACGAUGAAGCAGAAGAAAGCCAUUUUGAAAUUAUAGAUAAAUCAGCUCAACCAAGAUUUGGUCAAGUUAGUGAAGUUUCGACUCCAACUACAAUGGAAACAAGACCAAUAAUAGCAAGACCAGAAUCACAGAAUAGAGAUUCCGUUGAAUUGGAAAAUGAAGCUCCAGGUAUAGCCAACAACGAGGCACUAGAAGCAGAAGAUUUUGAACUUAAUUUGGAAGAAGAGCUUAAUAAAGUAUUUGAUGAUGAGGGUGAAGUAGAAGAACCAACAAUAACCGUUUCAUCAGAGAUGGUUCAAGCAUUGAAAGAUGAAGAAGCUGAAUUAGUGGUUGAACAAAGCUUGGAGAAUGGAGACAUUGAUGAUUUAUUUGGAGAUUAUGAAGAAGAGGAAGAAGAAGUAGAAGAACAAGAAGAAGGAGAACAAGAAGACGAAGAGGAAGAAGAAGAGGAAGAGGACGAGGAAGAGGACGAGGAAGAAGAAGAAGAAGAAGAUGACGAAGAAGCAGAACAAAAUAAAGCCGGAAUGCUGCAUACUAAAUUAUUACAAGAAGAAAUUGCAGAAUUGGAGAAAGUUGUUGAAUCACACAAAAAAAAUCUUGCAUCAGCUACUAAUAAAAUGAUGAAAAUGAAAUAUCAAAAUACUAUAUCAUCACUACUGGCAUCAUUAGAUCAAAAGAAGAAAGAAUUGGAAAAAUCACAAGAAAAUUUUUCAAAAGAUUCUGACCCAAAACCAAUUGACGAUAAAGUCGAUAAUGAAUUAGAGGAUGAAGAUAAUGAAGAAGAAGGAUUACCUGAUGAAGAUGAAAAUCUUUCGAUUGAUGAUUUAUUUUGA